GAGAAUUGACACAGAAUGAGCAGUUGCCCCACAUCCUAAAAUGACAACUUUCCUGGAAACAUGGAAUCUUUGGAUCCAAUUUGAACUGGCUUAAAUUCCAGCACUGAUAUUUCUUAGAAGUUCAAUAUACCCUCAUCCCUGAGAGAGUGAGUGAAUAGAGGAGAAAUGUGAGAAAUGAAAAACUGCUCAAGGGCUUCCUGGAAAGUGAUGAAAUGAUGGCUGUGUGCCGUGAUCCUCAAAGGAAGCAACACAGGGAGGCAACCUUGUAGGGAAGUGCCUAAGGAUGGAUUGUGGGUUUUCAGCUUUUAAAAAUAGUCACACUUAAUAGCAAGUUUUAUUUAUUCUCUGUGUCAUAUUUAGCCCUUGUUAAUGUUAAUGCCUGACAACACCCGUUCUUUGGGGGAAUAAGCACAGAAUGUAAGUCUCUUCUUGGGCCAGGCUGCUGAGAACAGAGAUGUCCUCAAGCAUUGAUAGGGUAGCAGUGAUUAAAGCCAUUCCCAAAGGUAAGGUGUGUCUUCAGUGAAAGAAAUCAUGGCAAAGAAAGCAGCGCUUUCCCCAAGAAAUAUCCUCCCUCAUCUACAUCUUGGAGGAUAUAGAUUUUAUGUUAUUAGGGAGCUGGAAAGCAGCCUCAGAAGGCAUUUGGGAGCUGAAGUAGGAGGUUCUGUAAGGAUUGUGCAAAGCCUAAGGGCAGGACUCUGUUCCCUGGGGAAAACGAUCAAAACAUUCAAUUUGUUAGGGUUCUGGGAAAGCUUAGGAUGGGUGGGACCUUAGACAAUGGAUGAACGUUGAAACAGGAAUUCAAGAAAGGACAAAAAAGAGAGGCUGGUCAAACUGAUUCGCAAGAGAAACACAAACGUCACAAGAAAAACACGAAUAUGCUAUUAUUUCAGCAUGUUAUCUAUCAUGAAAGGAGUGCAAAGAAGAAGUCCUGGAGGAGGAUGGGACUCAGGAAAUUUCAUGAUAACUCGUGAUACUGCUCCCAAGUCACCCAAACAAUAAAAGCUUCUCUAGGAUGUUGAGGGAUUAAGAAAUUAUUUGAAGGGGACACGUGUUGCAAAGCACAGAAAAUAGUGUGAAUAAGACAUUGGUGGUAUUUUAUGACCCUAAGGUAUGAGAAUGAUACAUUGACAGGCUUUAAUGGCAAAUGGAUAAAACAAAUUUUUAUCCAUUUUUUUCUAUUAAUGGUCAUUUGUGGAUCUCCUACUCUACACUGAGGACCGGAGACACCAGGAUGGCUGCCAAAUCUCCGGGGACUGUGAGAUCUACAUUUAAAUUUGUGGUAGCAGACAUGAAAUUUCAGAUGAGUAUUUUUCAUAAACUACAGUCUGAAGAGCAAGGAAGAGAAAACAGAGUCCAGGGAAAUGAAGCACGAUGUGCUCACUUACACCGUGAUCAUUGAUGAUCAAGUAAAAGCUCUAAAAUCUGCUUCUACAGGCUUCUUUCGCUACUUUUCUAUACAUAGCUUAUUGAGAUAUUAUUUUUAUAUUUUAUUCCUCAGAUUCAACGUUUAUGAUUUAUUAAUACAGACUUCUUAUGUAUCUGAAGACAGUGAUGAAAAAUCAUUCUGCUAUCACUUCCUUCAUCCUACUAGGAUUAACAGAUGACCCACGACUCCAGGUGUUUCUUUCGGUAUUCCUGUUUCUGACCUACAUUUUCACUGUUGUUGGAAAUCUGGUCAUCAUCCUCCUCACUCUGGUGGACUCUCACCUUAAAACACCCAUGUACUUUUUCCUUCGGAAUUUCUCCAUCCUAGAGAUAAUACUUACAAUCUGUGUUCCUCGAUUCCUGUAUAGCAUGACAACUGGGGACAAAAACGUGACCUAUAAUGCCUGUGUCCAGUUAUUUUUUGUCAUCCUCAUUGGGGCAACAGAAUUUUUUCUCCUAACCGCCAUGUCCUAUGACCGCUACGUGGCCAUCUGCAAGCCCCUGCACUACACCGCCAUCAUGAAUGGAAGGAUAUGCACCGUUCUUGUCCUUGGCUGUUGGCUGAUUGGGUUAAUUGUUAUACUCCCACCUCUCAGCCUAGGAGUUCAGCUAGAUUUCUGUGACUCCAAUCUCCUUGACCAUUUUGGCUGUGAUGCAUCUCCUCUUCUAAAGAUCGUGUGCUCAGACACUCAGUUUGUAGAACAACUUGUUUUAAUCAUGGCUGUGCUGACCCUCAUGGUCACACUCGUCUGUGUGAUUGUGUCCUACACCUACAUCAUCAAGUCCAUUUUAAGGCUCCCUUCAGCCCAGCAGAGAAAAAAGGCUUUCUCCACCUGUUCUUCCCACAUCAUUGUGGUCUCCAUCACCUAUGGAAGUUGCAUCUUUAUCUAUAUCAAGCCGGCAAAGGAAGGAGUGGCCAUUAAUAAGGCGGUGUCCCUGCUCAACACUUCGGUUAUUCCUCUGAUGAACCCUUUCAUUUAUACACUACGGAAUAAGCAAGUCAAACAAGCCUUCAGGGACUCAAUAAAAAAGACGGCUUUUCUUUCAAAGAAUUAGGCAAUGAUUGUAUAAAUUUAAAUUUACACAUAUAAACAUUUCAUCUUUUACUGUGUUCUAAUUCAAAUCAAGGGUACAGUCCUGAAUUUAGAGCCUAACUUGCCACCAAAGUUUCUUUUCUAUUACUCUGAGAACCAUGGACUGAAGAAAGCACGGUAGCCUUAAUUCAAAUAGACCUUUCUGAAAAAUAAUGGCGGUGGGUACAUGUAUAAUUGAGUCACUUCUUUUUCAGCAGAAAUUAUCACAACAUUGUAAAUCAACUUUACUUCAAUAAAACUUAAAAAAUAGAACUUCCAUUGUUGUUCACGUCUAUAAGUGAGCAUGAAUAUAAAUUUCCAGAAGGUCCAAAUAGUACCUCAUCUUCCUUACAUCUGAAACACAAAAAUGCAGUAACAAAAAAAAGAGCUGUCCUUUUCCAUUCAUUUCUUUAAGUUCUUCCAGGUCAAAAAUUAUUUAUCUUGGGAUUCUUUCCUAGCAUCCACUGUUUCAAAAACAGGAUAAUGGGUAGAUGUAAUUUGUUUCUCUUUUUUUUAAUACAAACCAUCUUGCUACAGACUAAGAUGGAACUAAUUUAUUAUUAAAUGGAAACAUUUUUUGUUUGUUUUUUUAUUUUUGGCAUUAUAGACCUUUAUUUUUUCCAAUCUUAUUAGAUAUAAUUGACAAAUAACAUUGUAUAAGCUUAAGGUGUACUCCAUAAAGAUUUUACAUGUGUAUAUAUUACAAAGUGAUUAUCAUAAGUUUAGUUAACACCAGUUACCUCUGUUUUCUGUAAUGGCUGUACAAUUUUUCUCCUGUGUGAGAGUUUUUUAAGAUCUAUCUCUUGGUAACUUUCAUUAAGUACAAUAGAGUAUCAUUAACUAUAAUCAUCAUGCUUUACAUUUCAACCUCAGGACUUAUUUAUCUUAUAACCAGAAAUUUGUGUCUUUGACCAGCUUCACCCAUUUCCCCCAGCCACUGGCAACUUCAAAUCUGGUCUCUGUUCCUAUGCAUUUUUUUAGAUUCUGUCUUUCUCUGUCUGGCUUAUUUUACUUAUACUGUCCUUAAAAUCUAGUUGUGUUGUCAAAAAUGGUAGAAUUUUCUCAUUUUUUUGGCUGAAUGAUAUUCCUUUGUAUAUACUUCCUCUUCUUUACCCA